AUGGCCGCGUUCCACCAUUUCCCUCAUCUCCCCUUCGAGCUUCGAGCUCAAAUCUGGGAGUUGACAGUCGAGCCGCGCACAGUUGAGGUCCGCGUUAAGAGAGAGCAUGGGUCAUGGGGCAAGGUUUUGCAUGUAACCUCACCAACGCCAGUACCUGCAGUCCUUCAGGCCUGCCAUGAAGCCCGAAACCAGGGGCUGUACCAGCAGGCCUUCAGUUCCUCAGGGGUUGAGCCGCGUUAUGUCUGGGUCAACUUUGAGAUUGAUAUGAUCUCAAUUGGGCAUACUUGGUUUGAUACAUUUGAACCUGCUGAACAACUACUAUUUCGCCGGCUUACCUUUGAGCGCGAGAAUAGUGAAUCCUAUUUCCAAUUUCAGUCCUAUGAGCUACAAAAGUUUUCUAAUCUGGAGGAAAUUCAUGUCAUCUGUGAAGACGGUCUGCUGGCAUGGCAAGAUGCCUGGGAAUGGUGUCCCUGGCCAUGUCCAAAGAAGAAUCUGAGGUUCAUUGACAAGGAAACGGGGCAGAUUGCGGUUGGCGAGGACCUGGAUAGGCUGGCGGAUGAAUGGAUGGCGUCUUUGCCUGAUGUUUCCGAAUGA